AUGGCAUUCGCGAUGACAGGACAGCUCACGAUUGGGAACAACGACGAAGUGACCAACGUCGUCGUCCUCGAAUUCACGCGCGUCGUCCUCGCCAUCGGCGUAUUCGCGAUCGGCGUGGAGCUGCCCAAAGCCUACAUGGCGCGCCACUGGAAAAGCCUCUUCUUCCUCUUGGUGCCAGUCAUGACAUGGGGCUGGGUAGUCUCCGCAGCGUUCAUCUACGCACUCAUUCCAAAACUCAACUACGUCUCCUCUCUCGCCAUCGCAGCGUGCCUCACACCUACCGACCCCAUCCUCGCAGCCGCAGUCAUCGGUGGCAAAUGGGCCGACAAGCACGUACCAGCUCACCUCCGCCACCUCCUCGCCGCAGAAUCGGGAUGCAACGACGGAGCAGCCUUUCCCUUCCUCUUCCUCGCUCUCUACCUCCUGCUCGACAUUGACGCUAAGACGGCGGUGAAGGAUUGGUUUCUGCUUCUCUGGCUAUACCAAAUCGCAUUAGCAAUCGUAAUGGGCGCACUCCUCGGCUUCGGCUUCCGACACCUGAUGAAAUUCUGCGAACGACUCGACCUAAUCGACCGACACUCGUACGUAGCCCAAUACGUCUCCCUCGCGCUCUUCACCAUCGGCGUCACGACCCUCCUCGGAACGGACGACCUCCUCGCCGCCUUCGCCUGCGGCACCGCCUUUGCCUGGGACGGCUUCUUCAACCGGCAAACCGAAGAAUCCGUCUUCAGCUCUGUAAUAGACUUGUUGUUUAACGUUGCUGCGUUUAUAUUUGUAGGCGCGUGGAUGCCGUUCGAUAAAUUCCAGGAUGGGGAGAUUGAGUUGAGUGUGUGGAGGUUGAUUGUCAUUGCGGUGUUGGUGUUGGUGUUUAGGAGGUUGCCGGUUAUGAUUGCGCUGUAUAGGUGGAUACCGGAUGUGAAGAAUUUGAGGGAGGCGACGUUUAGUGGGCAUUUUGGGCCGAUUGGGAUUGGCGCAGUAUUCAUCUCCACCCUCGCCCUCGAAGUAAUCCAUCGUCAGCACCCCACACCCACCACAACAUCCAACUACGACCAAAUCCACCGCGUAACCGAAGUCAUACACCCCGUCGUAUCCUUCAUGGUCCUCUGCUCGAUCACCGUGCACGGACUCUCGAUACCCUCGUUCAGUCUUGGUAGGAGAGUGCAUUCGGUUAGUAGGACGUGGUCGGUGCAUUCGGGGAGGACGUGGUCGAGGCAUGCGACUGCGACUGGGACUGCGAGAGGUGCACCGGAGUGGACGUACCAUGCACGGUUGGUUAGUCGUGGUGAUGCGGGGAUUGUUAUUAAUAGGGAUCGGGGUGAUGAGGGGGCUGGAGGAGUGGGGGAGGGAGUGGGGGAGGAGGAGGAGGAGGAGGAAAGGAGAGUGGUCGGGGUGGUGGAUUUGGAAAAAGGCCAGACGGAUUCGGAGAAGACGAAGGAAGGGAGUGGGAGUGAGAAAGAUGGUAUUGGUGGAGGGGAGAGGCUUGAAAUAUAUGUGGACCAUGCGGGUGAGUUUGAUGAGGACCACCGGGACAGGCGUGGUGAGGAUCUCGAGAGCGGUUUCUCGGGAGGAAUAGGGAUAGAAGGAGGAGCAGGGGGAGCACCAGGCGAAGUAAGGUUCGCGGAGCGAGCUACGGAGGAAGGUGGAAGAGCCAAGUUGAAAGCGAAAGCUGAUGCGGAUGUUGUGUCGCCUUCACCGCCCUCUGGUUCUCCAUCUCCUCUCUCUCCUGGUUCCCCACCAUCUCCCCCCACAACAUCGAUUUCGAUUACGGUGCCAGGACAGGAAGAAGAAGAGCGACACCCACACAUUCGCCUACUAGAACCUUCCUACCCGUUCUCCCCUCAUAGAUUGUCGGUGACCUCCCCGUCGAGGUCGGUGGAUCUCGGUGAUGUGAAGGCGAGGAGAUUACGGAGUGGAGGGAGGGACGACAUUCCGGUUAUUGAGAGGCGGUUGGGGCCUGGGGAGGAUGUCGAAGUAACAGUCAUCCACGACCCUCCAUCCCCCGCUUCAUCUACACACGCUGGCACCGCCGUCCACGAAACGAUAAACGAUCUCGAACGGACGGUGUCCAGGGAGUUGAUGGCUGCUGCGGAGGGCCUGCAUAGAGUGGGGAGUCGGGUGAGGGAGGUGGUGGCUGGGCCUGUGCUGAAGAGGACGGGCACGAGUGGGAGGGCUGAGAGGGUUGUUAUGAGGGUUAGGGGGCGGAGGAGGGGGAGUGUGCGGGGGUCUUCUGGGGCGGGUGGAGGAUCUGGGGUCGGUGGUGGGUCUGGGACUGGUGGAGGGAUGGGUGUGGGUGGUGGGACGGGUGAUGGGACGGGUGCGAGUGGUUCUGGGAGUGGUUCUGGAGGUGGUGGUAUGAGUAUGGAGGCAGCAGGUGCGACUACCGGCUCUCGCGAGGACGAUGAAGAUACGUGGGAAUCGGAGAGUUCGAACGAGGGUCAUGCUCAUCCACAUCGAGGUGGAGGACAGGGAAAUUCGGGCUCGAAGUUAAAGUCGAAGUCGAGAUCGCGGUCACCGACACGACAGCACUCGACGAAGCAGGGUAGUAAGAAGAUGCGUGUAGGAAGUGCGAUUAGGUCGGUUGUUGGGGGUGUUGGACUCGGAAAGUCGGUUGUUGGAGGUGUUGGGAGGAGGAAGGGGUCGGUUUCGUAUACUCAUUCGCGGUCGAUUGGGGGUUCUUCGGGAACGCAUUUGUCGCCUCCUUUGGGGUCGUCGUAUGGAUCACCACGUCUGGCUUCUCAUGGUUCACCGCACAUUUCCUCUCAUGGUUCACCGCACAUUUCCUCUCAUGGUUCACCGCACAUUUCCUCGCAUGGUUCACCGCACGUCUCUUCGCAUGGUUCACCACACGAUUCGGGUCGUUCGUCGACGCAUCUUUCGCCUCAUUCGUCGCAGACGCAUCUCCCCGUCCAAGAUCAACGGGGAUCAUCGUCAGGGGAGAGGUACGAGAUGGAGGAGGUGCCCAGUGGACGAUUCCGAGGUCGUGCGCCCUCUCGAUCCAUAGAUGGUGGUGGUGGUGGUGGUGGCGGUGGUGGUGGGACGGCGUCCCCGAUUCCGUCGCUGAUGGUUACACCUGCCGAAGGCGCUAAUGGGAGUCCAAGCAGUGGUGGAAGUGACGGUUCGACUGGUGUAGGAGGUGGAAGCGGGAGUAGCAGUACUGGAGGAGGCGGGAGUACCUGUGCUGGAGGAAGCGGGAGUACUAGUACUGGAGGAGGAGGGAGCGCGUUCAGGUCUUCACGACUAGGUGUGCACACGCGGGAUAGUUCGCCUGCGAGGAGUGUGCGGUUUGUUGAGCAUGGUGCUGGGACUGGGAUGAGGAGUGCGGCUGGGAGUCGGAGUGGGUCUAGGACGAGGGGGUUAGAGGUCUCCCCUCGAUAG